AUGGCUGAAGAACCAGUGAUUCCAAGUUCUUUUAAUGCUUCUGAUGUGUAUGAUCCAAUUGGUGAGACUGAGAAGAGAUGUGAGAAGUUAGAUAUACCAGCUCCUUUGGCUGCUUUCUUCAGAAAGACAGAGUUGCAUAGGAACUUUCAGCAGAUAAUUCAAGACCAAAGUUUGUUGGAAAAAGUUGCUGCCAACUAUGUAAUUGUUAAGAAAAUUAUUAGUUUCUUGCCAUGGCAGGACAAGAUAAUGUGUAAGAAUGUUUGCUCAAUGUGGAGGUCAGCUGUGAAUACAUUACAAAAGGAACAGAUUGGUCCUGCUGACUUUGCUAUCAGUUUGAGACUGUGUCACAUAAAAAAUGGGCUGCAGUUGGUACAGUCUGAUGUCUUCUACACUGAACCACUGAUGGUGUUAGUAUUUGGCAAUAUGGGAGGUUUUGGAGUCACUUACAAAUGUGAGACAUUACUAACUUGCCCUUGUGAUCCUCCGUGUGAAAAGAGUCAUCACCUUAUAGAUUUGGUGGAUAAUGUAGUGGUGGCUCCGAAGAAAUGCAUGCUGGCAGUGAAAGUCUGUGACAUAUCAUAUAAACCUUUGAAACCUUCAAAAACCAACCACUUGACAGUUGGCAGGAAGUUAUGUAGGAUCAGUGGCUUCAUUGUAGGAAUGUACAUACCAGUUAUACCAAAUGUGAACUUCCAAAUCAUUAACAUAAAGUGUAUCCGUGAUAUCAAAACAGUCUUCAUGAAGACCAUAGACAAACUGGCAGAGACAGACUAUAUUAAGGGUGCACUGGUCUUUGUUAAUGGAAGUUUCAUCCUGCAUUCAGUGGAUGAUAUAGUGUUUUUGAAUUAUUUGAAAGAGGUGCAGCCAAAUGUACCAUAUGCCUUAGGAGGAUGUAUAGUGGAAGACACAGUGUCCGACAGGGAUGAUAUGAACAUUAUGAUAGAAGGAGUGAAUACUGGCAAAGAUCUAGUGACCGAGAACAUUGUAUCUAUUGGAUUGUUCUCUGUCCCCAAAAGUUUUAUUGAUGCUCCACCAGAAAAUGGCUGUAAUUUUGACAUGUUCUCACUGAUAUUAGAAUCCUCCGAUUGGUCUAAAGCCAAGAUACAGAGUGCUAUUAAUGAGUUUGCGAAGAAAGUUCCUCACUUUGAACACAGCGUGGUUAUCAAGAUGUCGUGUGUGGGUCGUGACAAUAAACAUGACUAUGAGCAAGAACUCUUCCGGGCAGCAUUCCCAAAAACACGUCUCGCUGGUUGCUAUGGAAAUGGAGAAUUAGGUAUCAAUCACCCAGAGCGCUUAAAACCUGAGAGCUUCACUAGCGUCAAACGUCACCGAGCUGAUCCUGGUCCUGCAUUUGGUAUUAUGUAUUCUUAUUCUACAAUAUUUGUUUACAUUGGUUGGGGUAAUAUAGUAACACCUGCUCAGUCUACCUAA